GAAAGAGAGAAAGAGAGAAAGAGAAAGAGAAAGAGAGAGAGAGAGAGAGAUAAGUGGUACCUCUUCUCUCUCUACUACUACUAUUACUACUACUACUACUGCUGCUACUACUACUACUAUUAAGCAAGAUGUCUUCAGGAAUGGACAGUUUAAUGACCCAGAUUGGAACAGGAAAAUGGAGCAUCUUUCACUUCUUCGCCUUGUCGUACAGUAACAUCCUCAUCACACCUCACGUCUUUGGCCGGCCCUUCCUGGCGCCCAAACUUGACUUCAUCUGCACAAGUAAUAACUAUAACACUACUAUGGCUACUACUACUACUACUACUACUACUACUACUGCUACUACUACUCUUACUAUUGGUGCUGCUACUACUACUAUUGGUGGUGCUUCUAACUUGACUGAAAUUGAUCAUUGCUACGAGGCUGACCAGAUGACACCCUGCAGUGACUGGCUCUUCGACACCUCCACCUACACCUCCACCAUGACUGCCGAGUUCAUGCUGGUGUGCGGGCAGGAACACCUCCGGGCCACGUACCAUAGCGUGUACCAACUCGGGGUGCUUAUUGGUACACCUGGCAGCGGGUUCCUGGCUGACAAGUAUGGACGCAAGCUGAUGUUAACACUGAGCAGCAUCGUGUACAUUGUGUUGUCGCUGGUGACGGCAUGGCUGCCUCAUGUGGUGUCCAUCCUGGUGCUGAGGUUCAUAAUGGGACUGGCGCAAGGGGUAGUGAUGCUGGUGUCAUAUAUACUUGUGAUCGAGAUAGCAGAGCCGCGGCGGAGGACCUUGCUUGGCCUGACGGUGUAUCUGAUCUGGUGCGGCAGCGUGGUGGCGUGGGCCGGCCUGGCUUACGGCUUGAGGGAGUGGCGCUGGCUUCAGACUGUUGCCUCCCUGCCUGGCGUGCUUCUUCUUCCCUCUCUCCUGUUCAUAGACGAGUCCCCACGGUGGCUGGCGGUGCGGGGCCGAUACCACGAUGCAUACAGAGUGCUAAGAAAGGCAGCAAGAUGGAACGGCGCCACCAUCCCGAAGGAGACAGAAGUGGUGUCGCUACUGAAGGAGGAGACAUGUUCGGAGGCCAAAGAGAGUGAGUCAGAAAGGCGUGGAGUGAGGGAGAUGCUGACGGCGGCAUGGCAGUUGAUGGCAGUGCUCUUCAGAACACCACACCUACGAAAGAUCAGCAUUAUUACCUCUAUGAACUUCGCCCUGGCCUCAAUGGUGUAUUACGGCUUGUCCCUGAGUGGCGAUGCGCUUAGUGAUAACCCUUUGUGUAUAUGGCGCUGUCCGGCCUAAUGGAACUGCCCUCGUAUACUCUCACUGUGCCUGUAUUGGAGAAGGUUGGCAGGCGGGCCCCUCUGUUGCUUGCUUCGCCUUCUGUGGUGUGACUCUCAUGCUUCUUGUUGCUAUUCCAGCUGAGUACACCAAGGCAAUAAUGGGACUGGCGCUAGUGGGAAAGAUGACCAACUCAGCAGCCUUUAUGAUCCUUUACUACUACACCAGUGAGCUCUUCCCUACCGUGGCUCGCUCCAGGGGGAUGGGCAUGUGCGGGGCCCUCUCUCGUGUUGGCAGCAUCAUAGCGCCUUAUAUACUGGACUUCGUGGGGUCGUCACGCCCCUGGGCCGCCUCGGUGGUGUUCGGCGGCGCCUCCAUCAUCGCCGCCGUCAGCACACGCCUUCUGCCGGAGACCAGGGGCUCGCGCUGCCAGACACGGUGCAGCACAGCGAGACACACCACCACCACCAGGAGCCACCACCACGCCCUCUCCACCACAACACUCACCACCACGAGUUAUUACCAAUGUCUGAUUCCUAGUAAAAGACGUUCCUAACACUACCACUGCCACUACUACAACCACCACCACCACCACCACUACUACUACUACGACUACCACUACUACUAUUAUCACUGCCACCACCACUACCUUAGCAGCAGAAAUUACUAUACAGCCCAUUCCUAACUGAAGAAUUCCCUAACACUACUACUACUACUACUAAGAUUAGGUUAGGUUAGGUUAGGUUAGGUUAAGUUAGGUAAGGUUUCUAAAGGAGUGUAUUCCUUCUACUACACCUUCAGCGCCUUCAGGAGAAAACACACACACAUACACACACACACACACACACACACACACACACACACACACACACACACACACACACACACUCUAACACCAAAA